AUGGAGGAGAAAAAGGUGAUGGGUUGGGAAAUGGGAGAGAAAACAUACCCCCCUCCAUUACAUUCUCAUGAGGAGGUGGUGAGAGAUAGAGAAAUAUUUAUGGACACACUGCGCCGUUUCCACUCCUCCAUGGGCACAAAGUUUAUGAUCCCUGUUAUUGGAGGGAAGGAUCUUAACCUGCACCUCUUGUAUGUGGAAGUGACCAAAAGAGGUGGCCUUGAAAAGGUUAUUGAGGAGAAGAGGUGGAGAGAGGUGAUAUGUGAGUUUAAGUUCCCUCCAACCACAACAAGUGCUUCAUUUGUGCUGAGGAAGUACUACUUGAGUUUGUUGCACCACUAUGAGCAGGUGUACUUCUUCAGAACCCAGGGCCUGCUUAUCCCCCCUGCAGCUUCGGCGCAGACCAAGAGCCCCAUGAGCAAGUUUGGACAUGGCCUGGUUAUCUCUGACUCCACGAUGCAGAAACCAAAUAGCCGUAAAAGAGGUUUAGAUCACCCUGACCCACAAAAUAAAGGAGCUUACAACUUCUCCGUCACCGGAUCGAUCGACGGGAAAUUCGAGUAUGGCUACUUGGUCACGGUGAAUAUCGGGUCGGAGACACUGCAUGGAGUGCUCUACCAUGUCCAACACCCGCCGCCUACUGUUGCUGCUACUGCUGCAUCUUCAGCUGCAGCAGCAGUGGCUACAUCCUUCGAUGGAUCAGCUGCAACAAACAACGGAAACCCAACACGUUCGCGGCGGAGGCGAAAGAGGGGGUGGCGGCACCGUGACCCCGCGCACCCGAAGCCGAACCGGAGUGCCUACAACUUCUUCUUUGCUGAGAAACAUUCCAAGCUCAAAUCUCUCUUCCCAAACAGGGAAAGAGAGUUCAGCAAGAUGAUUGGAGGGUCCUGGAAUAAACUCACUGAACAGGAAAGGAUGGUGUAUCAAGAUUAUGGUCUAAAAGACAAGGAGAGAUACAAAAGAGAGAUGCAGGAGUACAAGGAGAAGCUGAAGCUUUCACAGCCACUGUCCAAGGACGUGAUCGGGGAUUCUGGGCCGUCUGAUGUGGGGGGUACUGCUGCUGAUCCUGAUCAAAGCCAAGUUCAGUAA